GAAUGUGCACAGCAAGAGCAGAGUCUGCAAAGCAUCACGAGAGACUGUUAUUAUCUCAUGUCUCAAAGCACAUACCAUUGCAAUAAUAAUGAACGUAAACAACUACAAGAGCUCUGCCAUCUUGUAAUUAUGGUUACGACAUCGUGUGAAGCAUACGCUUGUUGUUUUGGUUCGGGAGGAACUGUAAAAGGUGGCUUUAUAUAUUUAGACCACUUCUUUUAUUGAUUGUUAUCAGGAUGUGAAGAUAGUUUCAACCAGUAACCUAUAACAAAUAGUGUUUAUGAAAAACAUUGCCUAGCCUACCUUUAAAUGUACUGCACACCAAUAAGCAUACAUUUGUGUUUACUAGUGUAUUUAUGAGGAAAAUAUGUGUUAAAGGGACCUGAAUGUGUUUUAUAAUCUGUAUCAAAAAGAACCUGAUGCAGUACAUCGUUCAUGUCACACGUGGGCAGUAAACACAAUGCAAUCACAUGGGGUUGUGCUUACAAUGUGAAGGCCAGCAGAAUAGUUACAACAGAGAUGGCACAUUGCAAGGAUGUGAGCUAAAAAGAAGCCCAGAGAGAGAGAGAGAGAGAGAGAUGAGGUAGAACACCUGGAGUUGACUGAAUCAGAGUCUUUAUUCCCCCGACUGCCUGACAGCAAUCUGCUGUAGAAGACAGACUCCCAAGAUGCUUUGCUGUCUGGAGCUGUCCUGAGGUGGCCAAUGCCGUCGGCUCUCUUUGACGUGCCGUGGUGGCAGGCGCUCUUAAACUCCACCCUCACCCUCAACCAUAGCAACAGUAGUUUGUUCCUGCUUGACAACCCCUGCUGGCAGUCAAGUGCCAUGACACUUACAUUAGUGUUGUGCUACUGCCUGGUGCUUAUUUUGGGCUUGCUUGGUAACAUCCUCCUCAUUUGCAUUAUUAUGCACCAGCGGGACCCUCCUAAUGUCACUAGCAUCCUCAUUGCCAACCUUUCAGUUUCUGACAUCCUGGUGAGUGUGUUCUGCCUUCCCUUCACUGUGGUUUACACUCUUAUGGAUCACUGGAUCUUCGGUGCGCUGCUAUGUCGCCUAAUGCCAUUUGUGCAGUGUGUGUCGGUGACAGUUUCAGUUCUGUCUCUGGUUUUGAUUGCACUUGAAAGGCACCAGCUCAUCCUGCAUCCAUCAGGCUGGAAGCCGAGCGUCCCACAGGCGUACAUAGCCGUCUUGAUUGUGUGGCUGUUGGCCUGUGUAACAUCAUUACCUUUCCUGGCAUUCCACUUGCUCAGCAGCGAGCCAUACAGUCUGCUUCCUGCGCCGCUUAGCCAGCUACAGGCGUGUCUGGAAGUCUGGCCUUCUCAGCAGCACAAACUAGUCUACACCACAAGCCUGUUACUAUUCCAGUACUGCUGCCCGCUGCUCCUCAUGCUUCUCUGCUACUUUCGCAUCUUCCUGCGGCUGCAACGCAGACAACGCAUGCUGGAGCGUCAGUGCAGCCGCAAUCGAGAAGACGAACACAGGCGUGUGAUGCACAGCAAACGCAUAAAUAUUAUGCUUGCCACUUUGGUGGCUGCAUUUGCUGUGUGCUGGCUCCCAUUAAAUGCCUUUAAUGUGGUGGCGGACUGGCACCAGGAGGCGCUGCCUGUGUGUUACCACAAUCUGCUGUUUUCACUCUGCCAUCUGCUGGCCAUGAGUUCCACCUGCAUCAACCCCAUCAUCUAUGGCUUCCUCAACAGCAACUUCCGCAAGGAUGUGGCCUCCGUGGUGCUACACUGCCAUUUUCAGCCAAUCGAAGACAACUAUGAACACUUUCCAAUGUCCACCAUGAACACUGAUGUGUCACGGACAUCUUUUAGACUCAGAAACAAUUCUGUGUAAUUGGGCUUAUUGCUCCAGUGAUAGAUGCCAGCUCUCUCUCUCUCUCUUUAUAUAUAUACAGUGG